UUGAACUUCUGUUAUGGUUGUUUAAAUGGUUUAGAUCAUAUCCGUGCUAUUUUCCUUCAUUUAAUCAGAUGGCUGGAGCAUCGAAAAUUGAAACGCGUAGAGGAAAAGCGACGAAAAAAGGAGAAACGGGCAGCAUUGAAGAGAGCUGGUCUCGGUCAGUCUCUUCGUCGAUUUCACGGAAAAUCUAUGGAGCAGUCCUCGUGCAAGAUUCGUGUAGCGAUCGAUAUGUCGUUUGACAAGUUCAUGCAAGAAAAGGAUUGUCGACGAACAGUUCAACAACUCAACUGGAGUUACUCAGUGAAUAGACGUCUCGCAGAACCAUUUCAGCUCUAUGUAACGUCUUUUGAGGGCUCCUGUAGGAAGAUUUAUGACAGCAUUGAAUCCUACCAGAAUCAGGACAUUUUUCUGAAAUCGGAGCCUCUGGAUGAUCUGUUCAAGACUUGUGAAAUUGUCUAUCUAACAGCAGAUUCGGAGAAUGUAUUAACGGGUUUGGAGGAUUCAAAAGUCUAUGUGAUUGGUGGCCUCGUUGAUCACAACAGUGAGAAAGGACUUUGUUACAACUUGGCAAUUCGUAAAGGAUAUGCUCAUGCCCGACUACCAAUCGAUGAGUUUGUGGAAAUGAAAACACGCAAGGUGCUAACUAUCAACCACGUGUUCGAAAUCCUGGGUCAUUUUUCGGAGCACGGUGACUGGGAAAAAGCAUUCUUUGCUGUUAUUCCACCUAGGAAAGGAAUGUCAAGGAAAGUCGGAAUGGAAAGCGGUUCGGAUAUGGUAGGAAGUGGUUCGGAAUGUAUUAGCAAGCCGCGAGAAAGAUGCUACUCACCGUCGACGACUUGA